AGCUUGUGCCUGAAGGGUGAAAGCGUGUGUGGUGCAAACGGACACCAAAAACACAUUGCUUCUCACGGUCGUUGUUUUCCCCGACGUUGUACGAACUGGACCUUGUCCAGCAUGGCGUGUGCACAGAAUGCCGCUAUCUCGGACACAGAAGGUGACGCGCCCUUGCCUGGCUCUCGGGCGCUGGCUUUCAGCGCAGGGAAUUGCCAGGCCCACGCUCUUGAGAGGACGAAGCCCUCAGGCCGCCGGAAAGGAGAAGUGCGCUGAAUUGUCUAGCAACUCCACAGUUGGGCCAUGUGCGCAGGUGUUUGGAGCGCCAUCCUUCUCGGACGACGAGGAUGCAGAAGCUGAACUGGAGGAGGACGGCCUUCCGCCCAACAGGAAGCCAGAAGAGGAGAUCAUGAAGGAGGAGGCGUUCUGGUCCAAAGCCCAAGAGGCCUUGCAGGACCGUGACCGGCGGGAGCGUUUGCUUCGCUUCAUGAAGCGGCAUCGCUUUAAGGACGUCAACAGCAGCAGCGGCUGGUUCUGGAACUUCCGUUUUCCAUUGCAUGCUGCAGUGGAAGACAACGAUGCAGAGAUGGUUCGCAUCUUGCUCCACUUCAAGGCGAAGACAAAGCAGAAGGAUGCGGCUGGCUGGUCCGCUCGGCAGCUCGCUCGGAAGAGGAAUGUCAACGGCUCCCACGACGGUGUGCUUCAAAUCCUGAACGAGCACGCGGCGGCCAGGCGAAAGAGGGCUGCAGCCCGCAGGCAGGCGAAAGAGGCCAAGUUGGCGAACACCGAAGGUAUUGUGGAGAGCAAUGGCCCACAGGCUGAGAAGCCAGAUGCACCGAGAUCACCUGAAGGCAUUUAGACCAAGUCUCGAAUUUGCGGUGCGCUCCGUGCCUGCAUCUUUUGGUCGAGCGCACGCCCAUCCAAAAGGGGAUGAAGUGGAUCUCGCGGUGCUCGUAGGAUGUAAAUCUUAGAUGCUGCACGCUGUUUACUCAUGUUUAGGUCUGGUCGUGCGAACCCAUCGCAAAGCGUAACUUUGCAUGGCAGGUGCUGGUGUGUUUCUUUCGAUUUAGUGCCUUGAAAUCCUUCAUUGCCCAGCGUCACAUUUUUGUCGGCCACGCACGACAUUGUUAAGUUCAAGCACUGCUCCAGUGGUCUUCCAAGCGAUGAUCCGCUGGCAAUGAGUUUUGUUGAGCGGA